AUGAGCGAUUUUAGCAUUAAUUAUAUACUACAUCGAGCUGGCGAAAGAUAUAUCGGCACCAAUGCUUCUGUCAGCAUAGUUGAACGUAUUAAGUUGGAGGAGCAGCACCGCCGUCAACAGAAUGAUUUCAAAACUUACAACGCAGCUGUUGCCAUGGAAGUGGCCAGUAUUGCCGCUAAUGUUGUAGACACAACGUUGGAUGGAUUCAGCAACAGAAGUGUCGGGCAAAUGCCCAUGUUCGAUUGGUUGCAGUACUCGCGCUACCACCCGCCUCGCUUGCCACGCACAUUGCGUCAACCGCCCAACAAACGCACGCCCGGUCGCCUGCCACGCAUACCAUUUACACGCACUCAAUUGGAGACUUUGGAAAAGGCAUAUCGCAUGUCCAAUUAUUUGAGCGCCGAAGAGGCUAACCAGUUGGCUGAAUCGCUAGACUUGACGAAUACGCGUGUCAAGAUUUGGUUUCAAAAUCGACGCGCUCGAGAGCGCCGCGAAAAACGCGAGCGGGAUGAAAGUUAUGAGUCAACUAUUUCAUCCAAUGCAUCGAGUCCGGAACCACAAAUGCCCGAAUUGCUACUGCAUUGA